UCGGUUGAAUUCGGCCCAAAUGCCCCGUUGGCAGCUUCGAUGUUUUCUGAUCCUGUGGACGAUCUCGGCGUGUUUGGGAAAGACUUUAGAGGCCCGAAUGGAAUCCUUUAUGUGUCCAGAAGGAGAGGAGGAAACGCUCUUCAGUUGUAAAACCCGACUUAUUGGAAGGGAUCGAAUGUUAAAUGGAACUUUUACAAACCAUGUCGACUUCGAUGAGAGCUUCGAAGUUUGGGUAAAUUUUAUGCAAUUUAAGAAUGGAGAAUGGGUCCAAGGAAACAUCAAGUUGCGCCUCAGGGCCUGUGAUUAUUUGACCAAAUUUUUUGGCAAAUAUUUCCUGCCAAUGAUCAAGGACACAAAUGUUCCCCCCGUCGAAGAGUUGUGUCCUUUCCCAAAGGGCGAAUAUUAUAUUAGGAACGGCAAAAUGGAACCGCAGAACUGGCCAACACUGUUAUACCGAGGCUUAAACAAAGUUAUUAUUGAUUUUGUAAGAGAUGGCAAAAGCACUGGUGGUUUUAGGAUCCUUAUCGAACUUUCAGAACUAGAAAGAUAG